AGUGGAUCCAAUGAGGUGACGCCGCGUUCCGGGCCCGACUGCUGCGAACAAGCCGGUUAUAAGAGGAACUAAAAAAAACUACCAAGCGUGACAACAAAGACACUAUCAAUCCAGUGUAAAGGAAUAGAAGUGAUCUGAAAAGAAGCCCGGGGUUGCACAGGCUGUUGGUAUACUCUUCACGGUUGUAUUUGUGCCGGCUGAGGAAAGGUCAACAUGGGGGGGAAGAAACUGGCUGUAUCUGCUCUUUUCUGCCUUGUUUUGGCAUUGUUGCCUUCUCACACAGCUUCUGUAGCUGUCAUGUCUGUGGAUUUGGGCAGUGAGUGGAUGAAAAUGGCAAUAGUGAAACCUGGUGUGCCCAUGGAGAUUGUUCUUAACAAGGAGUCGAGGAGGAAAACCCCCGCAGUUGUGUGUCUGAAGGAAAACGAAAGACUUUUUGGCGACAGUGCAUUAGGAGUGUCUGUCAAGAACCCAAAAACUGUGUACAGAUACCUCCAGUGCCUCCUGGGUAAAAAGUUCAACAACCCCCAGGUGGCGCUCUAUGAGAAAUGGUUCCCAGAGCACCAGCUGCAGGAAGACCCAGUUAGAGGAACCGUGUACUUUAAAAACUCAGAAGACCUGCAGUACACGCCUGAGGAACUCCUUGGGAUGAUGCUCAAUUACUCUCGUGGACUGGCUCAGGACUUUGCAGAACAACCAAUCAAAGAUGUUGUGAUCACCGUCCCGGCCUUUUUCAACCAGGCAGAGCGCAGGGCAGUCCUGCAGGCAGCGCAGAUGGCGGGUCUAAAGGUCCUACAGCUCAUCAACGACAACACAGCUGUGGCCUUGAACUACGGGGUCUUCAGGAGGAAGGAUAUUGAUAGUACUCCUAAGAAUAUUAUGUUUUAUGAUAUGGGCUCUGGAAGCACCACGGCAACAAUCGUCACCUAUCAGACUGUUAAAACCAAGGAGUCUGGCACUCAGCCCCAGCUGCAGAUCCGAGGUGUUGGUUUUGACCGAGGCCUGGGGGGAUUCGAGAUGGACCUGAGGCUGCGGGACCAUUUGGCUAAACUGUUCAAUGACCAGCAGAAGAGUAAGAAGGAUGUGAGGGAGAACUACCGAGCCAUGGCCAAGCUCCUCAAAGAGGCUCAGAGACUCAAGACGGUGCUGAGUGCAAACGUGGAAUUCAUGGCCCAGGUGGAAGGUUUGAUGGAUGACAUUGACUUUAAAUCGAAAGUGACCAGGAGUGAGUUUGAAGCACUGUGCGCUGAUCUGUUUGAGAGAGUUCCCAUUUCGGUGCAGGAUGCCCUCAGCGCUGCAGAGAUGCAACUGGAUGAAAUUGAGCAGGUGAUUUUAGUAGGUGGCUCCACCCGUGUCCCCAAGGUUCAGGAAGUGCUGCUGAAAGCUGUGGGCAAAGAGGAGCUGGGAAAGAACAUCAACGCAGAUGAGGCAGCGGCCAUGGGCGCCGUGUACCAGGCCGCCGCGCUCAGCAAGGCCUUCAGAGUGAAGCCUUUCCUGGUCCGAGACGCAGCUGUCUUCCCCAUUCAGGUGGAGUUUACUCGGGAGACAGAGGAGGAUGGCGUCAAAUCCCUGAAACACAACAAACGUAUCCUUUUCCAGAGGAUGGCACCCUAUCCCCAACGCAAAGUCAUCACAUUCAACCGCUACAAUGACGACUUCGCUUUUGAUGUGAACUACGGCGACCUCAGCUUCCUGAAACAGGAGGACCUCAGCAUGUUUGGCUCUCUGAACCUGACCACAGUCAAACUGUCGGGAGUGGGCAGCAGCUUCCAAAAGCAUUCAGAUGCUGAGUCAAAGGGAAUCAAAGCCCAUUUCAACAUGGAUGAAAGUGGCGUUCUACUGCUGGAUCGGGUGGAGUCUGUCUUUGAAACCAUUGUGGAGGAAAAGGAAGAGGAGUCGACAUUAACGAAACUGGGAAACACAAUUUCCACCUUGUUUGGAGGAGGAUCCUCAGAACCUGCUCCCAACGUGACUGAACCUGUCCAGGAUGAGGAGGAAGUACCUCCAGAAUCUGGAAAAGACGACAAGGAUCAAGACGGUAAAGGCGAGGCCCAGAAAGACGAAGCUGAUAAGGAGAAGCAGGAUGGUUCAGAGAAGAGCGAAGGAGCAGAGAAAAGCCAAGAGAAGACAGAGGAUGCAGGAAGCAAGACCGAUGCCAAGGAUGAAAAAGAUGCUGAGAAAUCUGCCAACGCUGAAGCAGAAAAGGAAGCAGAGUCAAAGGCAAAGCCUCAGAAAAAAAGCAAGAUAUCCGAUGAAAUCACAGUGGAGCUGGUCAUCAACGAUAUCCUCAACCCCACCACAGAUGAUCUCGCUUCCUCUAAGAAGAAGCUGCAGGAUUUGACAGACAGAGACUUGGCCAAACAUGAAAGAGAAAAGACACUGAACAGUCUAGAAGCUUUUAUCUUUGAGACGCAGGACAAAUUGUACCAGGAGGAUUACCAGCUGGUGGUGUCGGAGGAGGAGAAGGAACAGAUCUCUGCUAAACUAAGUGAAGCGUCUGCGUGGAUGGAUGAGGACGGAUACACAGCCACCACCAAGGAGCUGAGAGGGAAGCUGUCAGAACUGAAGAGCCUGUGUAAGGACAUGUUUUUUAGGGUAGAGGAAAGACGCAAGUGGCCCGACCGCUUGGCCUCCCUGGAAAGCAUGCUCAACACCUCCAGCUUCUUCUUGAGGAGCGCAAAACUGAUUCCGGAGGAUGACCAGAUCUUCACUGAAGUUGAGCUGAAUAUGUUGGAGAAAGUUAUCAAUGAGACAACGACGUGGAAGAAUGAAACCGUAGCAGAGCAGGAGAAACGCUCUCCAAAAGAGCGACCGGUCCUUCUGUCCAAAGAUAUCGAGUCCAAGCUGGCUCUGCUGGACCGGGAAGUCAACUACCUGCUCAGCAAGGCCAAGUUUGCCAAACCAAAAACCAAGGCCAAAGCCAAGAACAGCACCAGCACCGAUAAAAGCAGCAAAGCCAACAGCACAGCAGAGGAGAAAGUCAUCCCUCCUACAGAAGAGAGUACAGACAAGAAGAGUGAAACCGCGGAGGAUGUGAAGCCAGGCGACGCCCCGCCCACCGAGGAGAAGACCGCACAAAAAGACUCAGAUAGCCAAUCACAGCCCACAGAGGAAACGACAACUACAGGACCAACAGAGAAGGUCCAACCUGAAAACAACCACAUAGAGGAUGAAUUAUAACAGCUGGAACUGGAAAACAAAAAGAUUUCACUAUAUUUAUUGACAGUGUAUAAAUGUUCAAGCUCCCUCUCGCUCUGUUUUGUUCGUUUCUUUUUCUUUUUUUUUUUGUUUUUUUUUUUUUGUUUCAGGUUUUUCUUUACUUUUUGUUUUAAUACCCUCGUUUGUUGAACUGCUGGAAGCUGUUUUGGAUAACACUUGGAGACCACUCAUCAUUUUGAACCACAAACACACCCAUACACUUAAUUUCUUCUGUCUUUCAUGGAUUCUGGACUCGUAUAAUUCACCACACGGAAAAGAAAGAAGAUGAAAGCCCCUCGGUCGGACAUGGGUCAAGUUCACAUUUUGUUUUUUUUUAUUUUAUUUUCCUGCUUUAUCCGCUGCACUGCAUCAACAGCCUCGGUGACGUGUCGUGAGGUUAGUGUUUGUCUCGACGUCUGCAUGUGGAUCGACUCCUCACGGCUGCCGAGCGGAAGCACGACUUGUUUGAUUAUUUUUUUAUUUUAUUAUUUUUCCUUUUUUUUAUCAGCUUCAAUCCUGAAAUAAUUGGCCUAAAACUAAAAGUCAAUGCAUGCCAGCUUUUAAUCAAACUUGAAACCAGACAAAAAAAAGUAAAAACAUCCUCACACAUGUUAGUUAAAACUCCUAAUACUAACUGUUCUAAUUGGAAAAAUAAUUAAUUUAGUAAUAAUGUUUAUUGUAAGGGUCCAGUGGCACAAUUACAGAAGUGCUGCUGCUUUUUUUGUUUUUUUUUUCCUUUACUACAUAAAAUCAGGGUUAUCAAUAAUCAUCUGAGAGUAAAUGAUAAUUAUAGAAAGAUAAAUGAUAAAUAUGUUCAAGAAAACUUUAAAAGUGCAGACUAUGAAGUUUCAGUCACUCAGUACUUGCACAAAAACUUUGUUCUGUUGCCGCCAGCACUUGUGUGUUUUGAUUUUUUUUUUUCUUUUAUUGUUUUAUCUGCUAUAUAAAAAAAAAAAAUAAAAAAUCAGGCUGCCUUGGUGGUGCAACUUCUGAAAAGAGGAAUCUGAAAACAAUCCUAAAUCCAUCUGCUUUUUCACCCAGAUUAAACCAACACGACUGAGUUAAUUUCCUCUACUGAUGCCAACACAACCUCUGAAGUGCUUGAAUACGUUUCCGUGACGGCAGACGAACUCCAUGUUUUUCAAAGCCUCAUAAGCUGCUAAAUGUCAUAGAAAAGGUUCGUGCGUUAGUGUUGUCACUGUUCUUUUACCUCGACGGGCCGUUCCGUUCGGUGCAGAUUCUCGCCCAGCUCUUUGGGUCCAUUCAUUUCCGUGGUAAUAUCGGUCUUUUGGAUCAAGACUUUGGGUCACCUGUGUGCUUCUUUUAUGUGUGAGUGAGUGUGUGUGUGUGUGUGUAUGUGCAGCACCCGAGAGCAUUUGACAGGGGGAACUAAAGAAAAAA